AACAAAUAUGACAUGCUAGCUGGCUAUUAUGGAGAAUGCUUGAUUUCUCGCGGCGAUGCAACUAGAUCCUUUACAAAUUUUUCAAAGGACAUUGUUGGUGAACUAAAAGAAUUCCACACCCAAUAUUCAUCCUUUCUAACCCAAAUCUACAGUAUUGAUGCUCAGCCAAUGCAUAAUGGCAUUUUGAUUAUUGUCACAGGAGCAUUUGAGAAGUCUGGAGAAAAAAAAAUUUUUGUACAAACUUUUGUGUUGAAAACUGUCGAAGACCAAGAUAGUGAAUGGACAGCAUAUGUAAUUGUUAAUGAUAUUCUAAGAAUUCUUAAAGAUCCCUAUUCAAAUCCAAGUCUUGAUCCUGUCACAGAGCCGUCUGUGGAUAGUACCUCGAAGUCUGAUCUGGUUGACCCCUUUGUAAGUAGCGAGUCUAAAAAUCUGUUAAAUGCUGAUUCGGAACCUCAGAUGCCUGUCACAGAUGCAGGAUCUAGUUCUGAUUCUGAAGAACCAGAUAACAUCUCCACAGAACCGAAAGAGCCAAAAAAAGUGUCAAACACGCUACCUGCUUCAUCUAGCCCUGUAUGUACUUGGGCUCAACAUCUCGCUAAAGCUAAUUUUGCUAGUAAAAAUACAUCUUCUUCUAACAAGGAGUCUCCUGUAAUGGUUACUGCAAACGUUUCGAGUCCAGCUACUCGUAUUGCUGAAAAAGGGCGAACUGGAUCAGCCAAUAAAUGGACUAAGCAAUAGAUUGGGCAAAUUUUUGCCUACUUUUUUUUUUGCACACACUUUUUUAUUAGAGAUUAUUUCCUAAAACAGAGUAUAUGACUACUGGUACCUUUUGAGUUAAACUUGGUGUGAACAAUGAAAUAUUUAAUUACUAGAAGGGAUCGAACCUUCAUGUUAUUUGACUGUUUUCAAACUCAGAACCAAGGCCGCUAAAUUCGAUCUUCUAAACUCGUAUUGCUAACAAGACUAGCCAAUUAGGGCUAGAUUACACAUGUUCUGCUAAUUACCUAUGCAAACGGGGGCUAAUAAAAGAAAGCACCAGACUAGGUGAUUCGAUAAUCCUUAUUUAAUUAGCGUUGGUACACCAUUUAAUAGAAACUUACUGGACCAAUUAAAGUCAUAACUCAGGAACAGAGAAGUGAUCUUGUAUCUACUCUAUGCUGUAAUUGCGAUAUUUGUAUCAAAUGGAAAUAUGAAAAUUGUGGUAUAUGAAAUAUGCUGUUAUUAUAUUGAUAAAUUCUGCUAAAUAUUACAAAGAAAAUAUGGCGUAUAUGCUAAAGAGACAAUAGCACUAAUAUAUUACCUAGCAUUCAUACUUACUAAGAGAUAUUCUGAACGUGCUGUAUAGUACAUGCAAGCGCCUGUUUUUGAUGCUGCUGUAUCAACCAAAAAAAUAUCAAAUCAAUUAUUUGAAUUGAAUUUCAUUUAUCAUUUAUUCAUAUUACAUUUAUUGUAGUUACUUAUACUUUCUCGAGUCAGUGAAUCAGACCAUUUCGAAAAUACAAAACCCCGUUUCAAAUCAUCUGUUAUGGCGAAAACUGCUGCUGCUUUCGAGAUAGAAGGCGUAGAUGACCUCGUCCUUUUACCAAAGGUUACAGAGGCUGAUAUUUCAGAGAAUAUCAAAAAGCGAUACAUGCUAGAUAAAAUUUAUACGAACAUUGGCCCAGUAUUACUUUCUGUCAAUCCAUUCAGACGCAUUCCUGGCAUUUGUGAUACAGAACAGGUUGAUGAGUACCGCGGGCGCUUUCGGUAUGAAGUCCCCCCUAACAUUUUUGCACUGGCAGAAGAAGCAUAUCGCCAGCUCAAAAACAUCGAAAAUCAGUGUGUUAUUAUCACAGGUGAAUCGGGCGCAGGAAAAACAGAGGCUGCGAAACUGAUUAUGAAAUAUGUUUCUGCUGUUUCUGGGGAGUCUAACGAAAUUAACUAUGUCAAAGAUGUUAUCAAUCAAUCUAAUCCGCUACUGGAAAGUUUUGGGAACGCCAAAACGCUACGUAAUAACAAUUCUUCCCGCUUUGGGAAAUAUUUCGAAAUUCAAUUUGAUCGCCUUGGUGAUCCUGUUGGGGGUAAAAUCAAUCACUACUUGCUCGAGAAGUCUCGUGUAGUUCGCCAAAUUAAGGGCGAACGCUCUUUUCAUGUCUUCUACCAAAUGCUGUCCGGUUGUUCGCCACAGGAAAAGCAAACCCUACAGAUUACAGAACCGAAGGACUACUAUUAUCUGAAGCAAUCAGAGUGCUAUACCGUCGAAGGGACUAAUGAUGUCGAAGAGCACAAGGAAGUCAUUCAUAGUAUGAAUACAGUCGGUAUUACAAGUACCGAGCAACAAUCUAUUUAUCAAAUGCUCGCGGGAGUACUUCAUUUGGGAAAUAUUCAAUUUUCAGAGCAAAAUGAUAAAGCGGUUCCUGUAGAUAUGAAUGUUGCUAAAAAGGCGGCAGCUAUAAUUUGUUGCAACGGGGAUGCGCUUCUUCAUGCUCUCACAUCCCGUGUUAUCACUACUGGAACAGGUGCCACUGCAGAAACGUAUAACGUGCCCAACAAUAGAAUUCAAGCAGAAGCGGCACGGGAUUCCCUUUCAAAGGCGAUCUAUUCUCGAAUUUUCGACUACAUUGUCGAAAAGACUAAUCAGGCAUUGGGCAAAUUUCAGUUGCCAUAUGCUGUUAUUCUAGGGGUUUUGGAUAUUUAUGGAUUUGAAAUUUUCGACGUGAACGGGUUUGAACAAUUUUGUAUCAACUAUGUGAACGAAAAGCUUCAGCAAUAUUUUAUCGAGCUUACUUUGAAAGCCGAGCAGGAAGAAUAUAAAGCUGAGAACAUUCAGUGGACUCCGAUCAAGUUCUUCAACAACAAGGUGGUAUGUGACCUCAUUGAAGGGAAGUCGCCUCCUGGGAUGUUCUCAGUGCUAGAUGAUGUAUGUUUUACGAUGCAUGCAGUUGAGUCAGACGUUCUUGACUUCAAAUUUGUAGAAAAGUGCAGCGGUUGCUUCAAUGGAAAUAUCUAUUUCCAGCCAUUUGAGAAAGGGUUUAGAAUUAAGCAUUAUGCUGGUGAAGUGGCUUACACUGUUACUGGCUUUUGCGAUCGAAACAAAGAUGUGGUAACCAAUGAUAUUAUAGAAGUAGUACAGGCCUCCACAAAUUCUCUGCUUGUUUCUUUCUUCCCGGAAGAUAUCUCUGCGAAACAAGCUAAACGUCCUACCACAGCAGGCUUCAAAAUCAAGUCGUCUGCUCAGGCUCUGAUCAAAAAUCUGUCUUUGUGUACUCCUCACUACAUUCGAACCAUCAAGCCUAAUGAAACAAAGAGACCCAAGGACUGGGAUGAUUCUCGAGUCAAUCAUCAAGUUAAGUAUCUUGGAUUACUCGAAAAUGUUCGAGUUCGUCGAGCUGGAUAUGCCUUUCGCGCGCCGUUCGAUCGCUUUUUAGAGCGCUAUAAAAAGCUUAGUGACAAAACGUGGGGGCCGACAACGCGGUGGACGGGUGAUCCGGCCCAAGGAACCAAAAUCAUUCUCGAGUCUGUUUCGCUCGAGCCAAAGCAAUGGCAACUUGGGAAAACGAAGGUAUUUAUUCGCCAUCCUGAAAGUUUGUUUUUUUUAGAAGAGUGUUUAGAGAGGUUUGAUCAUGAGCGUGCGAGCGUGAUUCAAAAGGCGUGGCGUAGCUGGAAGGGCAAGAAAAAAGCGCUUGAAACGAGACAGAUAGCUGCCAAUUUAAUGCUUAAUAAGAAGGAGCGCCGUCGAGAUUCGAUUCAGCGUUCAUUUGACGGUGACUAUUUGAAUUAUGACAAGAACUUCCUGCUCGCUCAGGGGAUGGCCCAGCAUCGCGACGAGCUUCUAAUUUUUGGAGACCAAGUUAUCAAGUUCAACAAACGUGGUCGAGCUGAGCGUCGUGAUCUAGUGACCACUAUAAAGGGCCUUUAUCUUUGUCAGAGAGUGAGCAAACACCAGCAGACAUUCUAUAGAAUUGGCUUUCAAACGCCGCUGAACCAGAUCAACAGUGUGUCAAUUUCUCCGUACCAGGAUAAUAUGGUGGUGGUGCACAGUAAUAGCGGUGACGCUUGGUUUGAGUGCGACAAGAAGACGGAGUUGGUCACUCUCUUAUCUCUACAAAUUGAAGCGCAGACCCGUACAAAACUGAAUCUAAAUUUUAAUAGUAACAUUUCAGUUAAGUGGAACAACGAUUUUAUCCAAGUCCUGAACUUUUCCAAGGACGAAUCGGCUCAUCGCGCUCGUGUUAAGAAACAAGGAAAGAACUUUACCAUUUACGUCUCUACCGGUUUACCGGCAUCGACUAACUCGGCACCGCAAGGGUUCGAUACGGGUGUCCCCAGUAGCAGAGCCGUUCCUGCCUCUACCUCUGUGGGAGCAGUGAAGGGGCCUCCACCUGGUGGUAUGCCACCCAAACCCGCAGGACCGCAGUGUCGUGCACUUUUUGAUUAUCAGGGCGACGGGGAAAAUCAACUCUCAUUUUUCGCAGGAGAUAUUAUCACUAUUCUACAGAAAGACCCCGCUGGUUGGUGGGAAGGAGAGCUUCGAGGUAAGAAUGGCUGGAUUCCCGCUAACUACGUCGAAGAAAUAUGAUUCUAGAACAACUAUGUCCGGAAUGCUCUAUCAGCUAAGUAAACUUUCUUUCAGUUGCAAGAAGAAAGGUGAUUUCUCUGACGUCGUGUCCUGUCAAUUAAGAUUUUUUUGAUCGACACGACCGAACCAAAUUUAUAUGUUGUGAGGAGAGGGAUUGGUUUAUUUCGGUCUUUAGGUUUAUGUUCUAAGGAGGCUUGCACGCGUGUAUUUGACAGAAUGGACUGUGCAUAGUAUUGCUGUGUA